AUGCAGGUUGAGCUGACUCUUGCUGCCGGCAGGUACGGCCGACGCCCCCAGCAGCUGCUGUGCCUGUCAGCCCACGUGCUCAGCAGACUGCUGGUCGUCCUCGCUCCACACGUGCUGCCACUCUUCAUCCUGGCAGAAUCCCUCGUGUCAGCUGCGGCUGGGCCUUUGACAGAAUCUGUCUUGUCUGUUGGUUUGGAGCUAACUGAUAUCAAGCACCGCACUGCAGUCAACCGCUAUGGGUGCUGCAGCACGGCCGUUGGAAUGAUGCUUGCUGGUCUGGUGUCUUGGGGGCUGCCCAAUUGGAACUAUUCCCUCUCGUUUGCUGCCCUCAGUUGUUUUAUACUAUUCUUCUUCUUCAGUUGGUUCCCCGAGUCUCCACGCUGGCUGGCGUGCAGGGGUCGCGAGCAGGAGGCGCUGGCCGUUGUGCGUCGCAUAGCAGCCACCAAUGGCUCCACGGUGCCUCCGUUCACCUUGCAGGUGAUCCAGACCGUGGGCAAGAGCAAGACAGACAGGAAGGGCUUCCUUGGCAUAUUCUCCAGCUGGAACGUCUUCAGGAACACAGUAAUCCUCAUUGUUGCCAGGUCAGUAUACCUGCUGACAAUGUACUCCCCGGUGAUAGCAGUGAGCCGACUGAGCGCAAACCCUUUCCUGGGGAUAGUGGCGCAGGGGGCGGCCAAGUUCACUGCCUACUACCUGGUGAACUACUUUGGAGCGAGGUUCGGUCGCCGUUGGCCCGGCGUGGCCAGUGCACUCUUGGCUGCAAUGGUCUGCGUCCUCAUCUUCUGCCUGCUGACUGCGCACGUCACGGGUGCAGCCAUCGUGAUGGCGACCAUGCUGAUGCAGUUCAGCACCGUUGCCAACGUGGGCAUGGUGAACCUGCAGAGCAUCGAGGUGCACCCCACUUGUCUCCGCCAGAUCGCCACGAGUGUCGAGUGGGCAGUUGCCGGGGUUGCCAUGUCUUCCCUGCCCUACCUGGCUUUGAUGGACGACAAGCGACUUCCCUUCGCCAUCCUCGCAGCCCUGAACUUGGUGGUGGCGUUUUCCGUGUCGUUCCUGCCAGAAUCUGCGCUGCAGCGAUUGCCGGAGACGUUAAGGGACGGUGCCAUCUUUGGCAGAGGACAGCGCUACUGGAGCUGGAAACCCAAACCGACACCAGAGUACGCCAAGGGAUAA